AUGAAAUUGUUUGAUGAAACUAAUACCUGUUCAUUAUUUAAAUUAUUAUUUAUAUUCCUAUUAAAACUUGAUAUGGUUAUUAGUAUUCGAACUCGAAAUACUUCAAAUAGUACAAAUAAUCUUUCAUGUUAUACAUGUAUCGAACCAAUCGUUGGUUAUACUGAUCAUCCUGAUUCAUGUAAACAUCUUAAUAUAAGUUCGCCAUUAGCAGCACCUUUUAUUCAAGACUGUAAUUCUGAUAAUGUCGAUGAAUAUGAAUGUCGAAAAGUCGUUAUUAGUUAUCGUACUGUUGAAACUUAUUUACGUCGUGAUUGUGUUCCAAAAGGUUUAUGUUCAUGGAAAGAUAGAACUAAUUCAAUGAUAGAUACACCAGUAUAUGAUUGUGUUUAUACUGAUGAACGUUUGCAAAGACUUGAAUGUAUUUAUUGUUGUGAUACACCAUUAUGUAAUAACACAAUUUUAUAUCGUAUGUCCAUUCAAUUUAUUAUUUGUUUAUUACUGAUUCGAAAUUUUAUUUGA